AUGCUGGAUGGCCAAUCCCAGGUGGUCCUAGAGGCGUCCCGCCCGGGGGAGCUCUUGCAUUCCCUUGGAUCAGCACUUGAUUCGCGGCGACAGCCUUUUUGUACCGAUAGCGAGGGCUGGGGCCCUCUCAGCUCAUCGAGAUUCGAUCUGACGCCAUGCUUUCUUGACGUGAUUGUGGCGGUAGUGGCUGUUUGGGGUACACUGAGCGGACUGGCUGCUCUGUGGUUGUUACUGAAGAGGCGGAUUCCACAGCCCGUGUCGAAGAAUUGGCACUUUUACACCAAGUUGGCCGUUCUCGCCGCCCUCAUCCUCGUCACCGCCCUCCAAGCUGCGAUUCAAGUUGAAUCAGACCCUAAGACCUUUUGGGCUGAUUUCCGCUUCUGGUCCACGAUUCUAACCAUCCUCUCGCUGGGAGUAAUAACCUCGGUGCAAUACUUUGAGCACUGGCGCAGUAGACAACCCAAUGGAGUUGUCCUGUUCUACUGGCUUUUCUUCAUUAUCACCUACGCGGUCAAACUCCGGUCGUUGGUUGCGCGGAAGGUCUACAUCGGCCAGCUCCCUUACUUCGUCUGCAUCAACGUGAGCUUGGGUCUAGCAUUGUUUGAAUUCGUGCUAGAAUACCUCGUACCCAAGAAGCAAAGCGCAUACGAUGCGCUAGGGAGCGAGGAUGAAUGUCCUUACAACUAUGCCGAUAUCUUCUCGGUUCUCACCUUCGGUUGGAUGACCCCUAUGAUGAAGUAUGGAUAUAAGAAUUACUUGACGCAAGACGAUCUCUGGAAUCUCCGUCGUCGUGAUACCACCCAAGUCACAGGCGCAGCCUUGAAGGAGGCGUGGGACGAACAACUCAGAAAGGAGAAGCCUUCUUUGUGGAUUGCGCUCUUCAAGGCCUUUGGCGGUCCUUAUGCUCGUGGAGCAAUCAUCAAGUCUGGAAGUGAUAUCCUUGCCUUCGUGCAGCCGCAGCUCCUACGACUCCUUAUCUCCUUCAUUGAUUCGUACAAAGAUCCGAACCCGCAGCCCGUCAUCAGAGGUGUCGCCAUUGCACUGUCGAUGUUUGUUGUAUCUGUCUGCCAGACCAGCUUCCUCCAUCAAUAUUUCCAGCGUGCUUUCGACACUGGCAUGCGGGUCAAGUCAGCCCUGACUGCUAUGAUUUAUGCCAAGUCGUUGAGACUGUCAAAUGAAGGACGUUCAGCAAAGACCACCGGUGAUAUUGUCAAUCACAUGGCUGUUGACCAGCAGCGUCUGGCAGAUUUGACCCAGUUCGGUACUCAGCUUAUUUCCGCGCCAUUCCAAAUCACCUUGUGCAUGCUUUCUCUGUACCAACUUUUAGGACCAAGCAUGUUUGCCGGUAUCGGCAUGAUGAUUUUCAUGAUUCCUCUGAAUGGAGUCAUUGCUCGGAUGAUGAAGAAAUUGCAAAUCACCCAGAUGAAGAAUAAGGACUCGAGAACCCGAUUGAUGACUGAGAUUCUGAACAACAUCAAGAGCAUCAAGCUCUACGCCUGGAACACGGCUUUCAUGAAUAAACUCAGUCACAUCCGAAAUGACCUUGAGCUGAACACUCUUCGCAAGAUUGGAGCCACGCAAUCCGUCGCCAACUUUACUUGGCAGUCUACUCCUUUCCUUGUGUCGUGCUCUACAUUCACCGUCUUUGUUUUGACGAGCGAUAAACCCUUGACUACUGAGAUUGUGUUCCCCGCUCUGACCUUGUUCAAUCUGCUCACGUUCCCGCUUUCUAUCCUGCCCAUGGUGAUCACAUCUAUUAUUGAAGCCUCCGUAGCCACUAAGCGACUGAUCGAAUAUCUCACCGCAGAGGAGCUGCAGACCGAUGCCGUUAUUUUCGAAGAUCCCGUGGUGCACCCUGGUGACGAGUCUGUCCGCGUUCGGGAGGCUUCAUUUACCUGGAACCGUCAUGAAGGAACGACUGUUCUGGAGAACAUUGACCUUAGUGCACGCAAGGGCGAGCUCAGCUGUAUUGUCGGCCGAGUCGGCGCUGGAAAAUCUUCUCUUCUUCAGUCACUGGUGGGUGACCUGUUCAAGACCCAGGGAGAGGUGAUUGUUCGUGGUCGUAUUGCGUACGUCGCCCAGGCGCCGUGGGUGAUGAAUGCGAGUGUCCGAGAAAAUAUUGUCUUUGGUCACCGAUGGGACCCAUCUUUCUAUGAUCUCGCCGUGGAAGCUUGUGCUUUGAUCGAUGAUUUCAAGAACUUGCCCGAUGGUGACCAGACUGAAGUUGGAGAACGUGGUAUUUCCCUUUCAGGAGGACAAAAGGCACGAUUGUCACUCGCCAGAGCUGUGUACGCCCGUGCUGAUAUCUACCUUUUGGAUGAUGUUCUCUCGGCAGUUGAUCAGCAUGUCGGACGUCAUAUCAUCAACAACGUGCUCGGAAAAACUGGUCUCCUCAAUGGCAAAACCAGAAUUCUUGCAACAAACGCGAUCACCGUUCUAAAGGAGGCCGAUUUCAUUGGCCUGCUGCGCGACAAGACCAUCAUCGAGAAGGGAACAUACGAACAGUUGAUGGCCAUGAAGGGAGAGAUCUCCAGUCUCGUCCGCUCCACCAUGGCCGACUCGGAUGACGAAGGCACUAUCAGCGGCUCGGAGGAUCUUGCCAGCCCGGACAGCUCAAUCACGACUGCUGUCAUCCAGAAUGGUGGUUCCACCGACGGCGAGGAAACAGAGCAACCUGGUGACUUGGUUCCCAUCCGGGGUCCCGGCCACGGGGAGGCCCGCAGACGCACCAGCACUGUCACAUUGCGCCGUGCAAGCACCGCGAGCUGGCAAGGUCCCCGGCGCAAGUUGGGAGACGAGGAGAAUAUUCUGAAGAGCAAGCAGACCCAGGAAGUCUCCCAGCAAGGCAAAGUGAAGUGGAGCGUUUACGGUCAGUAUGCAAAGGAUAGCAACAUCGUGGCAGUAGGAUUUUACUUGCUUGCCAUGAUGGCUAGUCAGACUGCUCAGGUGGUGGGCAAUUUCUGGUUGAAGCGCUGGACCGAGUGGAACGAAGCCAACGGAACCAAUGCUCAAGUUGGCAAGUUCAUUGGUGUCUACUUGGCGCUUGGUCUGGGAUCGUCUCUUUUGGUCAUUGUGCAGAACUUGAUCUUGUGGAUUUUCUGCUCCAUCGAAGCAUCUCGCAAACUUCAUGAGCGGAUGGCGUUCGCUAUCUUCCGCUCUCCCAUGAGCUUCUUCGAAACCACACCAUCUGGUCGCAUCCUCAACCGCUUCUCUAGUGACAUCUACAGAGUCGAUGAGGUACUUGCUCGCACCUUCAACAUGUUGUUCGCGAACUCUGCCCGUGCGAUCUUCACCAUGAUCGUCAUUUCGACUUCGACCCCGGCUUUCAUGCUGUUCAUUCCCCCUCUUGGCUAUAUUUACCUUAGCUACCAGAAGUACUAUUUGAGAACCUCCCGAGAGCUGAAGCGCCUGGACAGCGUCACCCGAAGCCCGAUCUUCGCUCACUUCCAGGAGUCUUUGGGUGGUAUCUCCACCAUUCGUGCCUACCGCCAAGAGAACCGCUUCGCCCUCGAAAACGAGUGGCGCAUGGAUGCUAACCUCCGAGCUUACUUCCCCUCCAUCAGCGCCAACCGCUGGCUCGCCGUUCGCCUAGAGUUCAUUGGUUCUAUCAUCAUUCUUGCAUCCGCCGGACUUGCUAUUUUGUCUGUUGCGACUGGUACGCACAUUUCAGCAGGCAUGGUCGGUCUGGGCAUGUCGUACGCUCUCCAGAUUACGCAGUCUCUGAACUGGAUUGUUCGCCAGACUGUCGAGGUUGAGACCAACAUCGUGUCCGUUGAGCGAGUUCUUGAGUAUGCCAAUCUUCCUAGUGAAGCGCCCGAUGUGAUCUUCAAGCGUCGCCCUGCCAUCGGCUGGCCCGCACAUGGUGCGGUAGAAUUUAUUAACUACAGCACGCGGUACCGUCCUGAGCUCGAUCUCGUGCUCAAGGACGUGAACCUUAAUAUUAAGCCCAAGGAGAAGAUUGGUGUUGUUGGCCGAACUGGUGCCGGAAAGAGUUCGCUCACGCUGGCUCUCUUCCGAAUUAUAGAGGGUGUUGAAGGAAAUAUCAGUAUUGAUGGACUUGAUGUGUCCACCAUUGGUCUGACUGAUCUCCGUGGCCGCCUCGCUAUCAUUCCUCAAGACCCUGCCAUGUUCGAAGGCACCCUGCGGGAGAAUCUGGAUCCUCGUCAUGUCCACGAUGACACCGAGCUUUGGAGCGUCUUAGAUCAUGCGAGAUUGAAGGCGCACGUCUACCAAAUGGAAGGACAGCUGGAUGCUCAAAUCCAGGAAGGAGGCUCCAACCUCAGUCAAGGCCAGCGCCAGCUGGUAUCUCUCGCCCGUGCAUUGUUGACACCCAGCAACAUCCUUGUUCUGGACGAGGCAACCGCCGCGGUUGACGUGGAGACAGACGCACUGCUGCAGCGGACUUUGCGCAGCAGUGUCUUCUCCGACCGAACCAUCAUCACCAUCGCGCACCGCAUCAACACCAUCAUUGACUCUGACCGGAUCGUCGUUCUGGACAAGGGGCGAGUGGCUGAGUUCGACACUCCAGCAGAGCUGAUCAAGAGCGGCGGUCACUUCUAUGAGCUCGCCAAGGAGGCUGGCCUGCUCGACAACGACGGUCUCAUCAUUUCCUCGUCAUCCUAA